GAGAGAGUUAAGUAGCCAUAGAUUUUACAAUAACAUAUGCCUUUCGUCUAAAAGUAUUGAAUAAAUACAUUCGUUUCGUUCACGAAAUUUAAGUUUGAAUACCACGGACAUAUUGUAUUACGGCAAAGCCCCACAACCAUGCGUCUAUCCUCGAUCCUGAAUGGCCAGCACUUUGGCAACCUCGCCAAGGUGCACGGCAUCGUCACCUACAAGCUGUCGCCCUUCGAGCAGCGCGCCUUCGCCGGAGCGAUCAGCAAAGGAUUGCCCAACAUGGUGCGUCGCUUCCGCUCCAACGUCUUCAUCGUGACUCCCCCCUUCAUCCUGGGAUACCUGAUCUACGAUCUGACCGAACGCAAGCACACCGCCCUGCUGCGCAAGAACCCCGCUGACUACGCGAACGACGAAUAAGCGUCCCAACUAGCAGAUAGUUAUGUUAAACUAAUUAAUAAAACUAGACCCACAGUUCAAAA